UUUCGAAAUAUUACAACGUUUUUGAGUUUUAUUUCGCAGUUAACGAAGGCCGCAAAUUCGCUUCCGUCAUGCCGCUGAAAGGAGUGCCAAAUGUAUUGACGCCGCAACUACUGUCCAUCCUGGCGUCGAUGGGGCACGGCGAUGAGCUUCUCAUUGCAGAUGCCAACUUCCCUGCAUCGUCCCAAGGGGUGAGUGCGGUCGUUUACCUCCCUGGAUCGACAGCGACGGACCUGCUCGAGGCUGUGCUUCACCUGUUCCCAUUGGACUCGUUUGAUGUGUUCCAGGCAGCUGUGAUGAAGCAAGUUCACUCAUCUGACGAUGCUCCUAUCGUCCACGAAUUCCAAAUGAUUCUCAAUCACGCGUACCAAACAGUCGACGGCUCAUCCAAGCCAGCCGCGGUUGAUCGGCUUGAGCGAUUUGCGUUUUACGAACGGUCCAAGACCGUGUAUGCCAUCGUGUCCACCGGCGAAACCCGUCUCUAUGGCAACAUCAUCGUCAAGAAGGGUGUUCUCGAUGCAGCUGGGAAGACCGUGCUUGUCUAGAACUCUUGUUCAUGCGGCACAUGGCGUGAAGCACGUGGUUCGUCACGUGCCACGUCGAUCACACCAUUUUUGCUUGCAUUGGUUCGCGUGUUCUCAUUGGCUAUAUUCACUAAUUUGAACAAAGAAUAAAAUUGCACUCAAAUACGAAGCUUCACGACCAGAAUUUAAUUCGACAAUAUAGUAAAG